CUCAUAUUCCAGGUGUGAGGACAUCGCUGCUAAUCCUUUGGCAUCUCACAGGUUUGAAGGUCUUGGUGCCAUCCCACAGGAUGCUGCUCGCCCUGCCCCUGCGGGCAGCCUGCAGCCUGCUGGCCUGGCUUUCCCUCUACACGUGGUUCUGCCAUCGCUACAAGCACCGGAGCUAUGAAUGGAGCUGCAGGCUGGUCACGCUGACCCACGGCAUCCUCGCUACGUGUCUCUCUGCUUACAUUGGCUUUAUCGACGGCCCCUGGCCUCUGAGUCACCCAGGAUCCCCAAACACAACCCUGCAGGUCCACGGGCUGUGCCUGAGCCUGGGUUACUUCCUCUUCGACCUCUGCUGGUGUGUGUACUUCCAGACGGAGGGUGCCCUGAUGCUGGCCCAUCACCUGGUGAGCAUUGUGGGCAUCGCCGCAUCGCUGGCGCUCGGUGAGUCGGCCGCCGAGGUCAACGCCGUCAUCUUUGGCAGCGAGAUCACCAACCCGCUGCUGCAAGCUCGCUGGUUCCUCAAGGAGAUGGGCUGCUACCACAGCAUCACCGGGGACGUGGUGGACUUCUUCUUCGUGGUGCUGUUCACUGGGGUGCGGAUCGGGGUGGGGGCCUGGCUGAUGUACUGCGAGCUGACCUCACCGAAGCCCCGCUGGUACAUCAAGCUGGGAGGUGUCAUCAUGUACGCCGUCUCCUGGGUCUUCAUGGUCAGCAUCUGCCGCUUCGCCCGGAGGAAGAGCAUGAAGAAGUACCACGCGUGGAGAAGCCAGAGGGGCGAGGAGCUGAGCUUGAGAGCGAACGGACAUCUGAAAAGCCACUGAUGCUGAGUAAGGACUUCCUCGAGCUCACGGGCUGCCAAGGAGGGGAUCGUGCCUGAGAUGCCGCUGUCGGGAGAGGAGCCAGCACACGUUAGCAGUUCUGGAGCCAAACUUAUUCCUGGCGUAACUCCACUGAAAUCCAUGGAGCUAUGCCAUGGGUUCAUGGGAUCUGCAGCGCUUGGCCUGGCAGAGGCUGGCUCAGCGUGUACGUAAGCACACCCUAAAUUAUACGAGUGAAAGAAGGGCUACUUUUACCUCCUAAACACAACUGGUCCAGCAGUGCAGGUGUACAUAGCAGUGCUAGCAGCUUCCUCCUUCGGUGCUGGUGUGAUCUCAGAAGAAGAGAUGGGAAAACAGCACUAGAUAUUGGUGUUCUGUGUUCUGUACAGUCUAGGCAGCUAGAUGACUCUUUGUCCUGCUAGGAAGAAGCAUGUUGGAGUGUUUUGUGGGAGCUGGGGUUCCUGGCUCAUCCUCCAGCCUGUUGGGUGACAAGUCACUGAACUUCCUAACCCGGUGCCUCAUUUCCCCAUCUGUGAACAGGGGGUGAUGGAGCUGGUCCAUCUGUUACGCACUUUCAGACCUUUACUCGAGAGGUGCUAUGGAAACACAAAACGAUGGUUAUCUCCACUUUGAUCGUUAUCCCCAUGUUUCCUUUGGGAGAAGUGAUGAUGGUGGUUGAGCUACCCUUUCUAAUUCCUUUCUGUAACUUAUUUGCUAACAUAAGGAUAACUGAUUUUCCAGUAGUGUCAGCAGCUCUGCUCAGUGUGAGCACCUUGCAGGACUCGGUGCUCGGAACCCAAAAGUUGCCACCCCUGAUGUGAAGCACUUUGGGGACUUUUUCCCUCCCCUUCACCCUGACUGUUAAAGCUCCACCCGUGCUUUCAAAUCCUGCCUUUAGCUCUCUGAGUGAGCAGCAUUCUCCAUAGGAGGAGCCCCAUCAGGACUGGCAGUAAGUGGUUUUUGGGUGGACCUCUCACGUGGGCACUGCUGUGUCUGCAGAAUGGCAGCUCCUCUUUGCUGUGCUGUUGGUCGUUCCAGAUUCAGGUCAGUGCAUCUGAACCCAGAGGCUGCCGUGGCACUUAAAGAUAGUGGAGGUGCUGGGAAGAUGACUGGAAAAUGCAGCUCACUUAGAAUGAGCAUUGAUGUUUUUCCCCAGGACAGUAGCUAUCAGUUUUGACAAGAGUAUUUCCUGGGAUACGUGGUUAGAGAGAGUCCAGAAUACAUCUCCAAAACAUGCUGGUUAGGGUGUGAUGUUACAAAGCAUGGCUUGUUGUCUGCCUUCUGGGCUCCAGCAUGGAAUCCCAGACCCAAGGAAGAAGUACAAAGCUGUGGAGCACACAGUGGGAUCUGUCCUCAGGCCAGUCUGCAAAGGGAGCUGCAGAACUAGAGUGAAAUAAUAACUUGUGUUUGAAUUACUGUGUAAUAGCAACUAAUGUUCCACCAGUGAAUGGUGUAGAUGCUUUGUAUGAUGUUUUAUAAAAUAAAGAUUAUUUAAUUACUGCUUGA